AUAAGUCGUAAAUUAAAAUUCUGUUAUUAAAUCAUUUUGACGUUACGUGUGAGGAAAAUUUUAUCUACCUGUAAAACAAUCUAACGAUUUUAAAACGAAGAAUAUAAGCAAAUAUUCUGAAUCUUUAGAGCUAAGAAAUAUAUUUGUCACAUGAAAAAAGUCGCCGUAUUGCAGACAUAAAAUCUAUGUUGCUACGCUGAUGUUCCAGCAGCCUUUGGUACAUUUUGUUUUUGCUUUGUUUAGCAUAAUUUUGGAGUAAAUCCAUAAAAAUUGAAGUUUUGCAUUGUUUAUUUAUUUGCUUUUGAUUAUUUGCAAUUCAUCCAACUAGUUUUGCAUACGGCGCAGUUUACGCAUCAAUUUAUUGCCUAUAAAAUUGAAUUUAAGUAUUUUAUCCAAAUUUAAUUAUAUCUCUUUAUAAAUGAGUGCUCCUGAAGACACACGAAAAGGAUCAAACAAUCCAACAUCUCAAGAAGAGGAAACGCGUAGCAAUGUGCCCACCAACGCAGACGUUCCAGGUUCAUCGCAAUCUAGGAGUAUAAUUGCAAGAAUAAUUGAUAGAAAUACAUCUGGUAUAACGCAACAAUAUACUAGUUCUACCAAUCGCAAUAUUGCUAUAGAACCAUCCAAUCAAAGGCCAUCAGCCGAACGUUCGUUGUUACCACAAGAACGUCCAGCAGCUUCUUAUUUUAAUAUAUCUACUGAACAUUUUCCAUCGUUACCAGAUCCUAGACAUUCCUACCAUCGUCGUAGUAUAACAUCAAAACCAAGUACAUCAAAAGCAGCCAGUAGCGCAUGUGUUCCAAGUAGCUCCAGUAGUGCAUCUGUUCCAAGUACUUCCAGAAGUGCAUAUGCUCCAGGUACUUCUAGUAUUGCUUGUGUUCCAAGUACUUCCAGAACUGCAUAUGCUCCAGGUACUUUCAGUAGUGAUUGUGUUCCAAGUACUUCCAGAAGUGCAUAUGCUCCAAGUAGUUUCAGUAGUGCUUUGGUUCCAAGUACUUCCAGAAGUGCAUAUGCUCCAAGUACUUUCAGUAGUGCUUUGGUUCCAAGUACUUCCAGAAGUGCAUAUAAUCCAGAUACUUUCAGUAGUGAUUGUGUUCCAAGUACUUCCAGAAGUGCAUAUGCUCCAAGUACUUUCAGUAGUGCUUUGGUUCCAAGUACUUCCAGAAGUGCGUAUGCUCCAAGUACUUUCAGUAGUGCUUUGGUUCCAAGUACUUCCAGAAGUGCAUAUGCUCCUAGUACUUUCAGUAGUGCUUUGGUUCCAAGUACUUCCAGAAAUGCAUAUGCUCCAAGAACUUUCAGUAGUGCUUUGGUUCCAAGUACUUCCAGAAGUGCAUAUGCUCUAGGUACUUUCAGUAGUGAUUGUGUUCCAAGUACUUCCAGAAGUGCGUAUGCUCCAAGUACUUUCAGUAGUGCUUUGGUUCCAAGUACUUCCAGAAGUGCAUAUGCUCCUAGUACUUCCAGUAGUGCAUUGGUUCCAAGUACUUCGGGAGCAAGUGAAAGUGAUAUAGAAGAAAUAAUAGUGCAUCCUAAUGGUGAUAUAUCUAAUGUACGGCCUUCGGUUUUAAAUGACCAAUAUGGAAUUUUGAGCAUCUUAUCAAUGAUACGAAUUGGCGCACCAAGUAUAUCACAUCUAAAUCUGGGCAUAGAUCUUAAUACAUUAGGCAUUCCCACAAAUUCAAACGAACUUCUAUAUCCCAGAUUUAGCGGCCCAUUUGGAAACGAACCUUUAGCUAAUCACAAUAUGACAGUUGCUGUGCCAAGAGAAUACUUAAUGAAUAACGCAAUCGUACAUAAAAUUACACCACUUAAUUUAGAAGUUUUGUCUGACGAUACACUUUUCUACAUAUUUUAUAUCUGCGUACGAGAAAAAGUUCAACUAGAAGUUGCUGUAGAGCUUUUUAACAGACAAUGGCGUUUUCAUAAGGAUAUGAAAGUCUGGUUUCGUCGAGCUUUAGAUCGUGCAAUCUAUAGGAGAAUGGGAAAUAGAGAAGAAGGUUUAUACAUUUAUUUUGACCCUAAUCAGUGGCAAAUUGUUUCCGAGUUUCUAAUAAUUUAUGACCAGCAAGUAGAGGCAAUACUAAAUUUAAGUUUCUGUCAGGAAUUUUUUGACCGCAAACAUUUAUUUUUCUAAAUUUAUGUUUUCUAUUUAACCUCGUGAAAUAGGCCAAUAGUAGCGCUUGUUUCAAGUUCGUAUUUAUUAAGAUUAGUUAAGCAUGUAAUUUUAUUAAUAUUAUAGAUUUUGUCGUCUGUAUGUAUGUUUAUCCUCACAUUAAAUUUUAUGUAUUAUUUAUGUACUUAUAAGCAAACAGUAUUGUAGGACAAACUAAAAUAUCUAUACAUGUUUUUAUACGCGACUUAUAAAAAUAAUAUCUAUUAUCUUUUUAUAUGUCAAUAAUUUAAAUUUAUUAAAUAUUUAAGCUUUUUUAUAAUGAUCAAGAAUGCAUCUGCUUUCAAUGCUUGGAUGUUGAAUAGGUGCAGAAAUAUUAAGUUAUCAUCAUCAUUGUUGACACAACUCUGUUUGGGUAUUUGAGUGUUAUCGCAUUCAUCACAAUCUCGUACUUUUAUAUAUUAUAUUUAGUUCUCUGCACAUAACAAAUUUAUAUAUAAUAUAAUUAUAUUUCCAGCAUGUUUUAGCUUUAGUGUUUUUAGACCUGUCAAAAUAUUGGAGUGUUAAUACAAUCUUUUUUUUUUGCAUUUCUUCGAUGUGCUUUCAAAUAAGUUCAAUAUCUGUAAGUCUUCUCUAUGUUAUAUGACCAAAUUGUUUUCUCUCACACAUACUUCAUAUAUCUCACUAAAUCUUACUUUAAGAAUUUUAGUUAGAUUAACACUAUUAAACAAAUAUUAUUAAUAAAAAAUUUAUCUAUGUAAUUUAAAGUCAAUUCUGAGGUUGCGGCAUCAGAAAUAUUAUGAGAAGCUAAUAUUUUGCAUGAUUUCCAGGUCUACAUCAUAUAGCCAUUUGUCUAUAGAAAUGACCUAACGUCUUUUUGUUGAGAUUUCAUUUAUAUAUGUGUUUUUUCUACAAAGAAACAAAGAGUUUCUGCUACUUAAUUCCUUUCCCAUUUCUAAUUUUCCUGUGAAUGUAUCUUUCUUUUCUAAAACUCUAUUUUAUCCAUCGUUUCAAGUUUAAUAAACAAACAUUUAUUAUGUGCAACUAUUGUAAUAUGUGUUAUGACCUUUGUUGCUGUCAAGUUUAGAUACCCAUUUAGGUUGUUACACUACAAAUAUUUUAUUGUAACCCAAGCAAUUCUUUCGAGAUAUCCUCAACAUCCAGCAUACUCGCAACAGACCUGAUAUAAAGGAUCUCCCUUGCGGACGUCCUAAAUUCCUUCUACUACAUACCUAUGAUGCAGUAAUAUACCGGUAUAACAAUACCAACUACUAAUCAUUGUCUCCAAGAUUAACAGUUCUUUAGCUUUCAAGAAAAUUGGAUAAAAUGUCUUUGUUGCAUAGACCCAUCCAACUUACACAUAACGAUUUUAAAUAAUAACAUUCGCAAAAUAGUGAAUAACCAUUGAUCUUAUAAGGAAGAAAAUUCUUAGAUAACUCGAAUCUCUUAAAUGGCAGAUUGUGACAUUAUCUUAAAAACAAAUUGAUAAACAAUUCCAUCUCCCAAUCAUUGUGCAGAGUAAUUUUGUUAUUAUUUUGUACUCAAUGCUUAUUUGGAAUUAAGAUUUCAAUAGUACCACAGUUUUUUUCCUCUAAAAAUGUAAGUUAAGUGUUUACACUAGCGAAGGUUAAGGUUAUGUUCUUGCAAAUCAACUAGAAUUUUAUAUACAAUUUCGAAACGAAUUCUGAAUCGAAGAAUUCAAAACAAUAAAGUCGUCAACAACUCUUCCCGUAUGAAAAGACUUGACUUUUUACUGCAACUAUAUAGUUGCUUAAUAAUUUUUCUUCAUAGGGUAAAGUGUUGAGCUAUUUAGCUUGUAAAACCGACUGAGUUAGAGAUUUAGGUGGUGAAUAUGAUUUGGUGGUUUCAAAAUAGUUUUACUGUUUUUUUAAAAGUUCAUUGAUUAGCACUAAAUAUGUAGUAGGAAACUCAAUUAUCUGGUUCUGACUUGAUCAUUAUAUAUAUAUAUAUAUAUAUAUAUGAAAAAAUUUAUAAAAAAAAUGUAAUGUAAGAAGCAUAA